AUGUCACAAGAAAACCGGAGUGCGCUUACUGUUGUAACAGAGUUUUUCAUCGUUGGCUUCCCAGGACUUCAGCCUGAGUACUAUAAUUUACUGGCCGCCAUUUUUUUGGUCAUUUAUGUGACAACUGUAUUGGGGAAUUUAGUUCUGGUGGUGUCAUUUGCAAUUGCACCAAAUCUCCAGAAGCCUAUGUAUAUCACUAUGCUGAGCCUAGCCCUGUCUGAUAUUGGAUUCUGCACAGUUGCUUUGCCUAAAAUAAUCUCUCGCUACUGGUUCAACAAUGGCUCUAUCUCCUUCUAUGCUUGCCUGAUACAGAAACAUUUCAUUCACUAUUUUGGAACUCUGAACUCUCUUAUUAUGAUGACCAUGGCUAUAGAUCGCUAUCUAGCUAUCUGCUUCCCACUCAGAUACCCUAUACUUAUGACCAAUUGGACUAUGAGUCAUCUAUCAUGGCUUUCCUGGGUGUCUGCUAUGAUUGCCCCUGGCAUUAACACCAUCCAGACUACAGAGAUGGUGUUUUGUGGGUCCAAUUUAAUUAUUCACUGCUACUGUGACAGUAUGUCUGUGAACAGUUUAGCCUGUGGUGAUAUUACGUUACAAAAAGAUAUUACUACAACCGUGGCAUCGAUUGUACUUCUUUUACCUUUCUCUUUCAUCAUUUUCUCCUAUAUCAGCAUUGGGAUGUCUAUAAUCAGAACAACAAAUAAUCAAGGCAGCCUGAAAGCCUUCUCUACCUGUGCCACACAGCUGUGUAUCAUUAGUAUCUAUUACAUUCCACGUCUCUUUGUGUAUUUUACACCUUAUAUGCCUUACUUCAAAAUGGAUAUAAAUCAGAGACUUGCAGUCACUAUGUUUUAUGGGUUGUUCCCACCACUAGUAAACCCCCUCAUAUAUUACUUUAGGACCAAAGAGAUCCGUCUUCUGCUGUUGAAGUGGUGCACUCAGAAAAAUGAGAUAGGCCCAAAAAUGAAUAUUGUGGCUGUUUCUAAAUAA